AUGGCAGGGUUGAAGACGUUUGAUGCGUUUCCCAAAACUGAGGAAGAGUAUAAGAAGAAAUCUACCAAGGGUGGUUUAACCUCUUUGCUGACGUAUCUCUUCCUGCUAUUCAUAGCAUGGACAGAGUUCGGUGAAUACUUCGGUGGCUAUAUCGACCAGCAAUACACCGUGGACAACCAAAUUAGAGAAACCGUUCAAAUCAAUAUGGAUCUAUACGUCAAUAUGAAGUGUAAAUGGUUGCAUAUUAACGUUGAAGACCAAACAAUGGAUAGAAAGUUUGUAUCAGAGGAACUACAGAUGGAAGACAUGCCUUUUUUCAUUCCUUAUGACACGAAAGUCAAUGACAUUAACGAGAUUAUCACACCGGAGUUGGACGAAAUCUUGGGUGAGGCUAUCCCAGCGGAAUUUAGAGAAAAGUUAGAUACCAGACUAUUGUUUGAUGAAAAUGAUCCUGAUAAGGCAAAGCUCCUAGACUUCAAUGGUUGUCAUAUAUUCGGGUCCGUUCCAGUAAAUAGGGUUAGUGGUGUAUUACAGAUUACAGCGAAGGGUUUCGGCUAUGCGGAUUCACAUAGAGCAUCACUGGAAGAUUUAAAUUUUGCUCAUGUCAUCAAUGAAUUCUCUUUUGGUGAUUUCUACCCAUAUAUCGAUAACCCAUUGGAUAACACUGCGCAGUUUGAUCAGGAUGAACCAUUAACUACUUAUCUUUACUACACAUCGGUUGUGCCAACACUUUUCAAGAAAUUAGGGGCAGAAGUAGACACGAACCAAUAUUCUGUUAAUGAUUACCGUUAUUUGAAUAAAGAUAGCAGCGUCAAGGGCAAUAGGAGGGUACCGGGCAUUUUUUUCAAGUACAAUUUCGAGCCAUUGUCCAUCGUUGUUUCCGACGUUCGUAUAAGCUUCAUCCAAUUUUUAGUCAGAUUAGUGGCAAUCUGUUCUUUUCUGGUUUACUGUGCUUCUUGGAUUUUCACGUUAUUGGACAUGGCCCUUAUCACCAUCAUGGGACCCAAAUGGUCAUUACGCUAUCAGCCUGAUGCUAAAUCUAAAGGCAUUCUAAAUAGGUAG